AUGCCACCAACAAGUACAGAUUCUACUACUAAUUCCACACCAUCACCUAAUACCAAUCAUAAUUCACCGGAUCAACUUCAUCAUAAUAGUCAAGAAUCAAUUCGGAAUCUAAUUGCCGCUAAUUUCAAACAGCCACAACCUUCCCCACUGCAACAACAACAACAAUGUAGUUUAGAACCACCUCAUUCUACUUCAAACUUACAUCACGUUUCUUCAUCCAAUUCAACCCAAUCAAGUGAUAUUUCACCAACUGAUUCUGGUAUCAAUUUACGUCAAAAUCGGGUUAAAUCUUAUUCAAUUAGUAAUGGAGCAUUAAGCCAUUCAAGAACAGCCAAUAAACGGGUAUCAUUUUCUAAUCUUCAUUCCACAAAUUCUUCCCAAUUAUCUUUAACAAGUUCAGGAAGUUCUGAAAAUGAAAUUUAUAGCGAUGAAGAUGAAUAUGAAGCUGAAAGAGAUAAUAAUAAGAAUACAGAACAACACCAUCACAAUGAAUCAUCAGAAGUACUUCUACGAGAACCUGAUUUCAAACAAGGCAAAAAAGAUGUUACCACCACCACCACCACCACCCAAGAAGAAUUGUUAUUACACAACUCUUCUUUAUCUUCUGCCACUAAUCGUUCUAUUCGUAAAAAAAUUGCCAAAUUUACUGCUGGAAGUAUGUCACCUUCACCUGAUGAAUUAUCACCAACAUCAUCAAGUACAUCCUUGAAACCAAAGAAAAAUAAAUCAGGUUAUCCUAAUCCUAAUCCUUAUCCUAAUCCUUAUCCUUAUCCUUCUCGUCAUAAUUUCUUGAAUCAUUAUGGUGGAGAGAAAUUGGCAUUAUCAAAAUCAUUAGAUUCUCAAUUAUUAGAACCUUAUGAUUCUAAUAGUUCGGUUAAUUCAUUUUUACCCGAAUUCAAUAAACGUCCAUUAACUGAUACACCAAUUGUUUCUACAAUAGGAUCCCCCAUUACUAGAGAACAAUCAUAUGAUGAUUAUGAUGAAGACGAAGAUGAAAAUGAAGGCGAUGACGAUGAUAACGACGAUCGAAGAAAUAUUAAUCCCAUUCAAGAAGAAGAAGGUGGAGAAUUGAGUACUGCUAAUAAGACCACUGCCGCCACCACCACCCCAUUACACAAGACAAAAAACAUUUCUCAUUUAAAUUUAUCGGAAUUAUCACAUAAAGACAAAAAAGAAGGUUCACCUGAUGCAGAAUCACUUAAACAUUCAAGAGAACACGCUGCUCUGAUUGCUGCUAAACAAUUAGUUGGUAAUAAACAACCACAACCAAAAGAAGAAGAGGAAGAAGAACAAGAAAAAUUUCCGACGGGGACAAUAGCUGCCCAGUUAUUACGUAAAUCAGCUGGUAUAUCUGAAAAUACUGGUCAGUUGCUGUAUUCAGUUCCAUCAAGAUCACCUCCACAUGUACUUAUUGAUGAAUCAACCCCCAUCACCACCACCACCACCACUAGCAGCACCACUGUGGGUUCAGUAGUUACUGUUUCUUCUGAAGAUGGGAAAGAAAAGGGGAAAGGUUUAGUAAUGGCUAAAGAUGUUAAAGAUAAUUUAUUAAAAGAUUUACCACCAUAUAUGAAAGAACAAUUUGAAAAAACUCCAUCACUUGAAAAAUUAAAGAAUUUAUUAAUGCAUAAACCACCACCAUCAGCUAGAAAAGCUUAUACUUUAAAUAUUCCUGGUCAAACAUCUUCCAAGACUUCACCUGAUGGGAAAAUUGCUUCAAUUGAUGUUGGAUCGAAAUUAGUUAUUGUUAUGGUUGGAUUACCUGCAAGAGGGAAAUCUUAUAUUACCAAUAAAUUAACUAGAUAUCUUAAUUGGUUACAACAUGAUUGUCGAGUUUUCAAUGUUGGUAAUACUAGAAGAAAAGAUAAAUUAAAUGCUGGACCAGAAAAUCAACCAUUACCAGAUAAAGCCAUUACUCCAACUGAAUCAAGAUCACCUCAACAACAUGAUGCUGCAUUUUUCAAUCCUGAUAAUAAAGAUAGUACUGCAUUAAGAGAAAAAUGGGCUAUGGAUACUUUGGAUCAAUUAUUAGAUUAUGUUAUUAAUGGUAGUGGAUCAGUAGGGAUUUUUGAUGCAACAAAUUCUACUAAAUUAAGACGGAAACGAGUAUUGAAAAAAAUUCAACAACGAUCAAAUGGAGAAUUACCAGUAUUAUAUUUGGAAAGUGUUUGUAAUGAUCCUAGUAUUAUUGAAUCAAAUAUUCGAUUGAAAUUAAGUGGACCUGAUUAUAAAGAUAUGGAUCCUAAAUUAGCUUUUAAUGAUUUUGUUGGACGAUUACAUAAUUAUGAAAAAGCUUAUGAAACUAUUGAUGAAGAAGAAGAAAAAAUUCCUGGAUUUCAAUAUGUUAAAAUGAUUGAUGUUGGGAAAAAAGUUGUUAGUUUUAAUAUUAAAGGUUUUUUAGCAUCACAAACAAUUUAUUUUUUAUUAAAUUUCAAUUUAUGUGAAAGACAAAUUUGGAUUACUCGUCAUGGAGAAAGUCAAGAUAAUUUAAUUGGUAGAAUUGGUGGUGAUGCCGAUUUAACUAAACGAGGAAUUAAAUUUGCUCAAACUUUAACUCAAUUUAUGAAUUUCCAACGACAAGAAUUUCGGAAACAACAAUUGGAAAGAUUUUCUAGUCGAUUAGAAUUAAAAUAUAAUUCUCUUUUUAAUGAAGAUGAUGUUGCCUUAUUAGAUUCAAUACCAAGUGAACCGAAUUUUUGUGUUUGGACAUCAAUGCUUACUAGAGCAGUUGAAACAGGACAAUAUUUUAAUGAUCAAUUAUAUUCUAUAAAAGAAUUAAGAAUGUUGAAUGAAUUAGGUGGAGGGAAAUUUGAAGGAAUGACAUAUGAAGAAAUUCAAUCGAAAUACCCUAAAGAAUUUGCUAGUAGAUUGAAAAAUAAAUUAAGUUAUCGAUAUCCUGGAGUUGGUGGUGAAUCAUAUUUAGAUGUUUUAACUCGUUUAAGACCAUUAAUUGCUGAAAUUGAAAGAACUACUGAUCAUUUAUUAAUAAUAUCUCAUCGAGUAGUUUCAAGAAUUUUAUUAGCAUAUUUUUUAAAUCUUGAUAAAUCAGUUAUUGGAGAAUUAGAUGUUCCAUUACAUACUUUAUAUUGCUUAGAACUGCAUCCUUAUGGUACUGAUUAUACCAUGUAUGAAUAUGAUGAAAAUUUGGAUUGGUUUGUUAAAGCUGAACCAGAACAUCAAAAGAAUGUUAAAGAAGUUGGAGUAGUAUUCAAAGAACGGAAAUAUUCUGUGGUUCCAACUGCUCCACCAACUUCAAAAUCUCGAGCUGUAAGUUUUGCCGUUAAUAAUAACACAACGAACAAUAAAGCUAGUGAUGAUGUAAGAGAUGAAAUUAGAAGAAGAUUAUCAAUGGGGACAUCAAAUAAACCAACAUUACUGGUUCGUGACGGUGAUGAUAAAUCAAUCACUGCUAAACAUUUACGAGAUUUGAAAAAUUUAAGGAAACCAAUGGGACAACGGAAAACUGCUGCUGAUCAAUUAUGCUAG